ACAAGCCACAUUCGCAGGCUAGGUAGGAGCACGUACCACCACCGCGCACCAGCAGCUAACUACAUUAGCACACACUGCGCGCGCGGCCAUUGAUGGCAAGGCCGACGCCAGCGCUGCUGCUGCUGCUGCUGGCGGUCACGGCGGCAGCAGCAGCAUCGUACUCGACGACGGCGCCGGCGCCGGCGCCGAGGAAGAAGCCGGCGGUGCCGGCGGUGAUCGUGUUCGGGGACUCGACGGUGGACACGGGCAACAACAACGCCCUCGGCACGGUGCUGAAGAGCAACUUCCCGCCGUACGGGCGCGACCUGCGGGGCGGCGCCACGGGGCGGUUCUGCAACGGACGGCUGCCCCCCGACUUCGUCUCCGAGGCGCUCGGCCUGCCGCCACUCGUGCCGGCGUACCUCGACCCGGCAUACGGCAUCAAGGACUUCGCCACCGGCGUCUGCUUCGCCUCCGCCGGCACCGGCCUCGACAACGCUACCGCCAGCGUCCUGGCGGUGAUCCCUCUGUGGAAGGAGGUGGAGUACUUCAAGGAGUACCAGAGCCGGCUGGCGAAGCACGCCGGGCGCGGCCGCGCCCGGCGGAUCGUGGCCAACGCGGUGUACAUCGUGAGCAUCGGCACCAACGACUUCCUGGAGAACUACUACCUGCUGGUGACGGGCCGGUUCGCGGAGUUCUCCGUGGACGCGUACCAGGACUUCCUGGUGGCCCGCGCCGAGGAGUUCCUGACGGCGAUCUACCGCCUGGGCGCGCGCCGGGUCACCUUCGCGGGGCUCUCCGCCAUCGGCUGCGUGCCCCUGGAGCGCACGCUCAACCUGCUCCGCGGCGGCGGCUGCAUCGAGGAGUACAACCAGGUGGCCAGGGAUUAUAAUGUUAAAGUGAAAGCCAUGAUCGCCAGGCUCCGGGCCGAGCUCCCGGGGUUCAAGCUCGCCUACAUUAACGUCUACGACAACAUGAUCAACCUCAUCAACAAUCCUUCCAAGCUUGGGCUUGAGAACGUAUCGGAGGGGUGCUGCGCGACGGGGAAGAUCGAGAUGGGGUACAUGUGCAACGACAAGUCCCCGAUGACGUGCGAAGACGCCGACAAGUACUUCUUCUGGGACUCGUUCCAUCCCACGGAAAAGGUGAACCGGUUUUUCGCCAGGUCGACCACGGAGCUAUUCUUGAAGGAGCUCCUGUGAUCAGAAAUGCCUACGUACGUACAGAGUUGUCAGAAAAAAAAAGAGAUGUGUUAUGGCCUGGAUGUCGUUCGUCAACUGUCGUAGAUAAAUAGAUAGUGUUCGUCGAGGGUGGUUCGAUUUCGAUGCUUGUACACUGUCUCGAUCGACCCACCAUUCUUUCGGUUUCAAUGAGAAAGAUGAAAAAAAAAUACA